AGCAGCUCACAGGAACCCUCCAAAAAAAAGAUGGCGGCGGGCUCGGAUCUGCUGGAUGAGGUUUUCCUGAACACGGAGGUGGAUGAGAAGGUGGUGAGCGACCUGGUGGGCUCCCUGGAGUCCCAGCUGGCGGCCUCCGGCCAUCACCACCAGCACCACAAGGCGCAGGAGCCCCUCAGGGCCGCUGGGGGGCUGCUGGGGAACCAUGUUGUGAGCAGCAGUAGCAGCAGCAGCCCUAGCCCUAGCCCUGGAGGAGUAGUAGUAGGAGGCAAUGCUAAUGUCCAAACAGAGAGCAGCAGCAGCAGCAGCAAGAUGGGACUCAGUGCCCCAGAGAUCACAAAAGCAGGAGCUGGAGGAGUGCAAGGGGGCGUUAUUAAUCAUAACACCAGGUCCCAGAGUUCAGCUCUGGAUGGAGUCACUACAACCAGCACCAGCACCACCACCGCAGCAGCAGCAGCAGGAGGAGGAUCUGAAGCUGCUGCUGCUCCAGGGACCCUCAGUCAGGGCAAAUCAGUGGUUAUCAGUACCAUGGCAACUGCCUUAUCCACCAGGAAUGGCAAAAUUGGGACCACAACGGUGCAAACUUUGAAUGGGAGUAAUGUGGUGAUGAACUCUCACCAUUCGGGAAGUGCUGCUUUCUCUGGGACUCCUGCAACUGCUAAUCCUGCUGCUGCACCUGCUGUUGCCCCUCUAGUUAACAAUGGACCUGGAUCUGUGGGGAAAGGAAAUACAGUUAAUGCUGUUUUGCCAUCAGCUUCUAACACGGUCAUCCAGACUUCUUUCCUCAGCACUGCUGUGUCCUCCGCCUCAUCCUCAUCACCCACAGUAAUCUCUUCGCAACCGCCACCAAGCAUUGUAGGUGGGGGCCCUACUGUAGCACUGGUGAGGCCACCAAUUCACACAGCAGGACCCACGGUUGCUGCAGCUGCUGCAGCCACCCAGAAUGGGAGCAAUACUGUGAUCAAUUCAGCCAUCGGUGUGGGGAGUUUUCCUGCUGUUGCUGCAGUCACUGUGGGUUCUGGAGUUUCCCUCCAAACAUCACUUGUGAACAGCCAGCCUGGUUCCAGUGUGCCGGCAGCACCCACCACACAGGUCAUCAAAUCGGAGUCUCCUAAAACUAUAGUGCAUGCAGUAUCCCAGCAGCAGACACUAGUUGCUAGUGGCCAGCCCAGUACUACAGGGGGUAAUAUGAUAAUUGGGCAAACUAUGCAAGCUGGGCUCUCCAAUGUGGCCCCCAAUCCCGGUGGGAUACCUCCUGCAGCUCCUGGUACCCCUACAGGAAUGGUUAAGGGCACUGCCAGUACAGUGGCACAAAGUCUGCCAAGGACUCCAACAGCAACUACAAGUGGUAUCAGAGCAACUUUAACUCCUACAGUUUUAGCACCUCGUCUGCCUCAGGCACCUCAGAAUCCAACUAAUAUUCAGAACUUUCAGUUACCACCAGGCAUGGUCCUUGUGCGUAGCGAAAAUGGACAGUUACUGAUGAUCCCGCAACAAGCCUUGGCACAAAUGCAGGCGCAGGCACAGGCACAUGCCCAAUCCCAGCCCCAAAAUACCAUGACUCCUCGUCCUGCAACACCUACCAGUGCACCACCAGUACAGAUAUCCACAGUGCCGGCUCCUGGAACGCCUAUAAUUGCACGGCAGGUGACACCAACUACUAUAAUCAAGCAGGUGUCUCAGGCUCAGACAACUGUACAGCCCACAACAACAUUACAGCGUGCUCCUGUAGUGCAGCCUCAGAUUGUUCUGGGUGGUACCGCACAAACAACUGCAUUAGGUACAGCGACAGCUGUACAGACUGGAACUCAGAGAACUGUGCAAGGAGCAACAGCAACCUCUACUGCUGCCACAGAAACUAUGGAGAAUGUGAAGAAAUGCAAGAAUUUUCUAUCCACAUUAAUAAAACUGGCUUCAUCUGGAAAACAGUCUUCAGAGACUACAGCGAACGUGAAAGAGCUAGUACAAAACUUGUUGGAUGGAAAAAUUGAAGCAGAAGAUUUUACCAGUAGGCUGUACCGAGAACUUAAUUCUUCACCUCAACCUUACCUUGUGCCUUUCCUGAAGAGGAGUUUACCUGCCUUGAGACAGUUAACCCCAGACUCGGCAGCUUUCAUUCAGCAAAGUCAACAGCAGCAGCCCACAACGCAAGCAACAACUGCUCUGACAGCAGUGAUGCUGAGCAGCUCAGUUCAGCGCACAGCGGGGAAGGCCACUGCCACUGUAACGAGUACUCUCCAACAGCCUGUAAUUAGUCUAACUCAGCCUACACAAGUUGGGGUUGGCAAACAAGGGCAACCUACACCUCUGGUUAUCCAACAGUCUCAAAAAGGAGGGGCAUUGAUAAGGCCUCCACAGGUAACGUUGACACAAACCCCUAUGGUAGCAUUGCGGCAACCACAUAAUCGUAUUAUGCUUACAGCUCCUCAACAAAUUCAACUGAAUCAACUUCAGACUGUCCCUGUGGUAAAACCAACAGUAUUACCUGGAAACAAAGCUCUGUCCACUGUUUCAGCACAAGCAGCUGCCGCUCAAAAGAAUAAACUGAAAGAACCUGGGGGAGGUUCUUUUAGGGAUGAUGAUGAUAUUAAUGAUGUUGCAUCAAUGGCUGGAGUCAACCUAUCAGAAGAGAGUGCACGGAUAUUGGCCACAAAUUCUGAGUUAGUAGGCACAUUAACAAGGUCCUGUAAAGACGAAACCUUCCUACUUCCAGCAUCUUUGCAAAGAAGGAUACUAGAAAUAGGUAAAAAACAUGGAAUAACGGAAAUCCAUCCUGAUGUAGUUAGCUAUGUAUCGCAUGCAACACAACAAAGGUUACAGAAUCUUGUAGAAAAAGUAUCGGAGACUGCCCAACAAAAGAAUGUUUCUUAUAAGGAUGAUGAAAGAUAUGAGCAAGCAAGUGAUGUUCGGGCACAGCUCAAGUUCUUUGAACAACUUGAUCAAAUAGAAAAACAGAGAAAAGAUGAACAAGAAAGGGAAAUUUUAAUGCGUGCAGCAAAGUCUCGGUCUAGACAAGAAGACCCAGAACAGCUAAGGUUGAAACAGAAGGCCAAGGAGAUGCAGCAACAAGAGCUAGCACAAAUGAGACAGAGGGAUGCCAACUUAACUGCAUUAGCUGCGAUUGGUCCUAGAAAGAAAAGAAAAGUGGAUUCUCCAGGAUCUGGAUCAGGGACAGAGGUACAGUAUAAUUAUAACUCUUUCAGUGAUGACUAUUAA